AAGCCCAGAAAUGUUUCUGUGGCUCCGCCAACUGUCGGGGUUACCUGGGCGGAGAGAACCGGGUCAGCAUUCGUGCUGCAGGAGGCAAAAUGAAGAAGGAACGGUCACGUAAGAAAGAUUCGGUGGAUGGAGAAUUAGAAGCGCUCCUGGAGAAUGGCGAAGGGCUCUCUGAUAAGAAUCAAGUCCUCAGUUUGUCCCGCCUGAUGGUUCGAAUUGAGACACCAGAACAAAAGCUCACCUGUCUUAAACUCAUCCAGAUGUCUUCAAAAGCCAAGAACCCCACUUCAGAUGAAGGAAGUAGCGGGGAGGAAAGCAAGGCCAUCGAUCUCAAUUCGAAGAUGAAAGACCUCAGUGCCCACAAUGCCGGGAAGAUGGACACGGAAGAAGAAAGAGGAGGAAGGCUGGCCCGUUCCACCAUCCCGGCCAUUUUGAAGAACAAGAAGAGGAUCAGAAAGGAGGAUAAAAGAACAUCAGGGAUGAAGGUAACAGCAAGGCAGCAGGAAGAUCUCACCCACACAGUUACACCCCAUACUGAGAUGUCUUUGAAGCCAGAGGAUGAAAGUAGUAGCAAAGAGACUAGAAUUGACCUCAGUCAGGCGAUGAUGACUGUCAAUGCCCACAAUGACGAGAAGAAGGUGGAUCCAGUAUCAGCAGAAGACCCGGCCUGUUCCACCAUCUCAUCCAAGGAAAGAGUCAGAGAAGCCAUGAGUGGAUCACCAAGGACAAGGGAGCAGAAGGACCUCCCACACACAUCCAGAAGCUGUCCCAAGGUGUCUCUAGCUCUCGUUUCGACGGAACGAGGCAGCAAGAAGCGAAGGAGAUCCAUCAGUCUUGAUCUGAAGAUGAAGAUCGUCAAAGCAUACCGUGCCAGGAAGAAGAAGCUGAUCAUGGCGAAAGAGGAAGGUCUGUCCUAUUCCACCAUCUUGAAGGAUAAGAAAAGGAUCCGAGAAGCCCUCGAGGUAUUACCAGGGACCAGAAAAAGGAUCACAAAAGCACGGAAAGGCCUCCUACAUCCACUCACGCCCCACACCAAGGCACCUGCAAAGCCAAAGCCCCGCAGCUCAACUGAAGGGCAUAGCAAGAAGUCUAGGAAAACCAUCAGUCUUGAUCUGAAGAUGAAGGUCAUCAAAGCAUAUGAAGCCGGGAAGAAGGCGCAGAUUAUUGCUCAAGAAGAAGGCCUGGCUCGUACCACCAUCCUCACGAUUUUGAGAGACCAGAAAAGGAUCAAAGAAGCCAUGAAAGAAUUACCAGGGACGAGAACAGUUAUCACAAAACCUCGGGAGGACCGGGUUCACCCACCCACAUCCCACACCAAUAUGUCGGUUGACCCAAAUCCCUCCCCCUCUCCCCCCAAACCAAGAUGCUUGCAAGUUCAAAUCCCAACCAAGCCGUCUUCAAAGCCUACCACCCCCAGUUCAUCUGCUGGAAGUGGCAAGAAGCGUAGGACAUCCAUCAGUCUUGAUCGGAAGAUGAAGAUUAUUGAAGCGUAUGAAGGUGGGAAAAAGGUGUCCGCUAUUUCCCGAGAAGAAGGCCUGGGGCACACCACUAUAUUUACAAUUUUGAAGGAUUCGAAAAGGAUCAGAGAAGCCUUGAAGGAAUUACCAGGGACAAGAAAAACGAUAACGAGACGACGGAAAGCCGUCGUCCACCUGGUCGCACCCCAUACCAAGGUGUCUGCAAAGCCAGAGGCCGCCACUUCAGCCAAAAGGAGUGUCAAGAAGCAAAGGAGGACCAUCGAUCUCAACAUGAAGAUGAAGAUCAUCAAAGCGCACGAAGCCGGGAAGAAGACUAAUCUCAUCGCCCGAGAAGAAGGACUAGCUCACACCACCGUCUGGACGAUUUUGAGGGACAGGAAGAAGAUCCGAGCACUGGUCAAAGGAUCCACGGGAACGGACACCACCAUAACAAGGCACCGAAUGGGCCUCAUCCACCAGACAGAGCAAAUGCUGGUGCUGUGGAUUGAGGAUCAGGUCCGCAAGGGGGAACCAAUCAGCUUGCAUCGCAUUCAGGAGAAGACACGCGGCAUUUUCGCCAUGCUGAAGGAGCGAGCCGGUGAAGCGUGCACCAAAACCUUCGACGCCAGCCGCGGCUGGUUUCUGCGGUUUCAGCGAAGAUUUAAUUACCGAAACAUACCCACCAAGGGAGAAACCACAGGCCUUGACGAACAAGCUGCCCAGCGGUUCCGGGACGAGCUUGACGAGGUCUUAGCAGAAGGGGGAUAUCUGCCUGAACAGAUAUUCAGCGUGGACUCAACUAGGUUAUCUUGGAAAAAAUGGCCAGAGGGCACCCACCUGUGCCCAGAAGCUCAAGCUGUACCUGUGUGUAAAACUUUUCAUGACCGAAUCACCUUGCUGUUGGGCGGAAACGUUGCCGGUUUCAAGCUGAAGCCAUUUCUGAUCCACAAAUCGGAGGAUCCGUGUGCGUUCCAAAAGGACACCCUUCCGGUGCAUUACCAAUCCGGUCGGAAUAUUUGGAUGACCCACUUCCUCUUCGAGCACUGGCUGAGGACUUACUUUGUGCCCCAAGCCAAGGACUAUUGCUCGCAAACGAGGGUUCCUUUUAAGAUUCUCCUGAUCCUCGGCAGCACACCAGGACAUCCCUCGCCUCUGGAUGAUCUCCAGGCAGAUGUGAAGGUUGUUUACCUGCCCAGAAACACGAGCCCUCUCUUGCAUCCGAUGGACCAGGGGGCCAUGGCAUCAUUCAAGGCGUGUUAUUUACAGGAGUUCUUGACCGAAGCGGUAGCCACGAUGGAAAAAAGCAGGGUGAGCUUGAACGAGUUUUGGAGACGGUACGAUAUCCUCCACUGCAUGGAAAACAUCGUCAGAGCGUGGCAGGGCGUCGCUGCGCCGUGCAUGCAAGGCAUUUGGGGAAAGUGCUUAAAACGUUUCCCAGAUCUUGUCAGGAACUUCGAAGGAUUUGACAACCCUGACGAAGAUUUGGGGAAAACAAACCAGAACAUUUUGGCUCUCUCGCAAACCCUCGGUUUACAGGUUGACGCUGAAGCCGUGAGAAAGUGGAUAGCGUCUAUGGAAGGAGAGCUUUCUGUCAAAGAAUUAAUCGAGCUAAGAGAAGAAUUGUCAGCCCAGGAGGUUGUGGAGGAAGAGGAAGAAGAAAAAGGAAAACGAAAGGAAAAAAGAAAAAUUAAGGCUAAAAAAUUCACCAUGAGAAGGUUGGCUUGUGUUUUCACAGAGGUUGACAACAUUUUAUCAGAGUUAGAAAGGAUGGAUCUGGAUGUAGAACGUUUUGAAAGGGUACGUGAGAGAGUCCACCAAAUCCUGCACUGUUACCAUGAAAUAUAUGAAGAAGAAAAGAGAAAGCAGAAUGCAAACUAAAAUUAGUGCGUUCUUUAAGAAAGUUAGUUCUUCCUUUCCUCUCCAGGGAUUGAAAUAAAAUACCCAGACAAUUGUCAGCCCUCAGCUAUGCCCGCUAGCUGAAUUUUUUU